ACGGACUUUGGAUCAGUGAUUCGGUGAAUCUCUCUUGCCGGAGGGAAUUUGGUCGGCGAUAGCUAGAUAAGGACCGUGCAGGAGUUUCUCUGGUUAUCUUCCUGAAGAUGAGAGUAGCUUUAGUGUUGAUUUGUGUUGCAUUAUGCGUGCCAUUGUUUGUCGGAUCGGCUUUUACUUUCCCCAAAGACCCGUUUUAUGGGAUUUCUCCUCAAGAUGAGAGUUACUACAAGACAUCAUCGGAUACUAUAAAGUGCAAAGAUGGAUCGAAGAGGUUCAAAAAAUCCCAGCUCAAUGAUGACUACUGUGAUUGUCCUGACGGCACUGAUGAGCCAGGUACAUCUGCAUGCCCAACUGGAAAAUUUUAUUGUCAGAAUGCUGGUCACAUUCCCCGAUCUAUAUUUUCUUCUAGAGUGAAUGAUGGUAUUUGUGAUUGUUGUGAUGGAAGUGAUGAGUAUGAUGGUAAUGUGAAGUGUAAAAAUACCUGCUGGGAGGCUGGAAAAGCAACUAGGGAUAACUUGAAGAAAAAGAUGGCUACAUAUCGGGAGGGUGUUACAUUGCGAAAGCAGGAAAUAGAACAAGCAAGAAUAGCUAUUGCCAAAGAUGAGGCAGAACUAACAAAACUAAAAAAUGAGGAGAAGAUAUUAAAGCCACUUGUUCAACAACUUAAAGAGCGUAAAGAACAGAUAGAAAAGGCUGAGGAGAAAGAAAGGUUACAGAAAGAGAAGGAAGAGAAGAAAAAAAGAGAAGCUGAGGAAGCACUGAGCAAAGAAAGUGAACCAGGGGAAGCUGAGGUUGAAACAGAUGAAGCUGAGGUUGAAACAGGUGAAGCUGAGCAAACAGUGGGCAGUGGAGACAAUCCCACAGAAAAUACACAUGAUGACAUAAUUGGAACUGUGGAUAAUGAUCCUUUAGAUGAGGACCUCGAACAUGAAAAUGAGGCAGCUAAAGUUGAAAAUAGUGAUACAACUAAUAGUGAAAGAUCUCCACUCAACGGAGUUGAGCAGCAUGCAGCAGAGAAUAAGGAAGAGUCAGCCUCGGCAAUCCACAAGGAUGAUACUGCAGUUGCACCUGAAACUGGGGGCGAUGAUGGAAGUGGAGUAGUGCCUGAUGAUGUCAAGAAAACAGGCAAUGAACCGUCUGAGAAUACUGAGGAAUUGUCAAGAGAAGAGUUGGGUCGCCUUGUUGCCUCCCGUUGGACUGGAGAAAAUGCAGAAAAGCAUGCCAAUGCAAAAGAUAAUUCUCAUGAAGAUGAAGGUCAUGAUGAGACACUAAAGCAGACACAUGAUGAGGAACAUGAUGGCUAUGCUCCAGAUACUGAUGAUGACACUGGUAAAUAUGAUGACACUGGAAAAUAUGAUGAUACUGAUGAUGACAUGGAUGAAGCCUAUGAAGAUGACAGUCAUGAUGAUCCUAGCUCGUCAUACAAAUCUGAUGAAGCCUAUGAAGAUGACAAUCAUGAUGAUCCUAGCUCUUCAUACAAAUCUGAUGAUGACAUUGAUUUAUCAGAUGCAUCCACAACCACCCCAAGUAACCCAUCUUUGUUGGAGAAGAUACAACAAACUGUACGAAAUGUUCUGCAGGCUGUUAAUUUGUUCCAAACGCCAGUAAAUAUAUCAGAUGCUGCUUAUGUACGCAAGGAAUAUGAUGAAUCCAGUGCCAAGUUAUCUAAAAUACAGUCAAGGAUAUCAUCUUUGACAAAAAAACUAAAACAAGAUUUUGGGCCAGAGAAGGAAUUUUAUUCAUUCUAUGACCGUUGUUUCGAGAUCAAACUGAAUAAGUAUGUUUACAAAGUCUGCCCAUAUAAACAAGCUUCGCAGGAGGAGGGGCAUUCGAAAACUCGUCUAGGGGAAUGGGAGAAAUUUGAGGAUUUGUACCGAGUGCUGCUAUUUUCAAAUGGAGACAGGUGUUGGAAUGGGCCAGAUAGAAGUUUGAAGGUAAAAUUAAGAUGUGGGUUGAAAAAUGAGAUCAUCGAUGUUGACGAACCAAGUCGUUGCGAGUAUGUAGCUUUGUUAUCUACUCCAGUAUUUUGCACAGAAGAUAGACUUAAGGAGCUCCAAAACAAACUAGACUUGCUGAACAAAGAACAGCCCCAGAAGCAUGAUGAACUCUGAAGUGUUUUAAAUCCCAGAUGCUCUGGAGGAUGUUGUUUGACUGAAUGAGCUAAUUUACUUUAGAAGAGAGACCAAUUCAAGCUUGAAAGUGAUGAUAUGCAGAAUGUGGCCUCCUCAGGCAGGUGGUUUGAAAUUUUUCUAGCAAUAUUGGAGGUGGCCUCCUGAAAAUUUUCCAUUCUGGAGUGUGCUUCAUAUUACAGUUGUCUAGACCAUUUAUGAUGACUCAGCGAGCUAAAUUGACUUGAAAACCAAUCUGCCCUGUCACACACUAUUUAAAAUUUUGCUUAUAAUAACUAUUGUUAGUACUCUAAUUCUGGAUAGACAUGUUAUUGUUCUUCCACAAAACGGUAUAUUUUUUCUACAAUUUCAUUACUUCCAAAAAUCUUGACUGUUUUAUGAUCUUUUGAUGAAUCUGUACUUCAUUUUUCAAUACAUUUAGAGAGUGAAU